AUGCCUCGCUCCACAGCAUCCAGCUCUUCCGUCCAAACCUCCUCGGCAUCUGCUGACCAUCGAUCGCGACAGCAUUCGCCCAGACGAUCGACCGAAGACGAAGACGAAGAAGACGACGACGACGAGAGCAGCGUCUCUUCUGCCACCGGCGGCAUGGAGAAGUUUCCCGACCACAUAGACUCCCACCUCACCAACGACUCGAGGGGUACGAGCCCCGCGAGAUCAAACGGCUACGCGCUGCCCGGAGCCCCCAACGGCGGCGACCGCUGGCAGCCCAGGAAAGAGAGCAUUCAGGGUCGCGCUGCGCGAUGGGCCCCUCCAGGACAGCCGGCGACCCGGUACGGCCACGGUAGACAGAAGAGCCUCGGCGACGCCAUCCACAACAUAAGGACAAGGGGUGGUAGCGUCAGCCAGAAUGCCCACGAGAUUGCCGAUGCUCUGAAAGCCCCCGUGUCUCCCAGGCUGAUUGCGCUCUGUGUUCUCUGGUACACGUCGUCCGCGCUCACUAAUACCUCGUCGAAAUCCAUCCUCACUGCGUUCGACAAGCCUGCGACGCUCACACUGAUCCAAUUCGCCUUCGUGGCGACGUACUGUAUUCUCUUCGCCUGGCUCGCGAAUGUCUUCCCGAACCUCAAGACGGCGAUACCAGCGCUCAAGCAUGGGAUUCGCUACCCCUCCCGCGAUGUGAUCAAGACGACCAUGCCUCUGGCGGCGUUCCAGAUCUUUGGACACUUGUUGAGCUCGACGGCGACGUCCAAGAUCCCGGUUUCACUCGUGCACACGAUCAAGGGCCUUUCUCCUCUUUUCACGGUCCUAGCUUACCGAUUCGUUUUCAACAUUCGGUACUCGAUGAACACAUAUCUGUCACUGGUGCCCCUGACUCUCGGUGUCAUGUUGGCAUGCUCCGGCAAGCACAACAAGUACAGCGGCGAACUGCUGGGCAUCUUCUACGCCUUGCUCGCCACCAUCAUCUUCGUGACGCAAAACAUCUUCUCGAAGCGUCUGUUCAACGAGGCCGCCAAGGCGGAAGCCGAGGGGCUGUCAGCCAGGUCGCAGAAGCUCGACAAGCUGAACCUGCUCUGCUACUCGUCAGGCAUGGCCUUCAUCCUGACGGUCCCGAUCUGGUUCUGGAGCGAGGGAACCGGCAUCAUCCGCGACGUGCUCCACGACGGCGCAGUCGACCUGACCGAGAAGUCCGGCUCCUUCGACCACGGCCGCCUGACCAUCGAGUUCAUCUUCAACGGCACUUUCCACUUCGGCCAGAACAUCCUCGCCUUCGUGCUCCUCUCCCUCGUCUCCCCCGUGACGUACUCCGUCGCGAGCCUGAUCAAGCGCGUCUUCGUCAUCGUCAUCGCCAUCAUCUGGUUCCGGAACCAGACCACCUUCCUCCAGGGCGUCGGCAUCGCCCUCACCUUCGCCGGCCUCUACCUCUACGACCGCACCCACGACCGCGACAAGGCCGACCGCAAGGCCAAGAUGAUGGAGGUUAAGCCCGAGCCCCUGCUGCCCCUGAACACCAAGGACGCCGUGAACAAGAGCCGCGACGCCCCCGUCUUCGAGAGCCCCAUGGUCUCCGCGGGAGCCUUCCAGUCUCUGAACGGGCACUCCGCGCACGGCGACGACGCUAAGAAGUCGGACGGGCCGGUGAGCGCGCGGUCCCGCGGCGCGAGCAACGCCGCAUGGCUCGCUCCGGGGACGAAGCAGGAGGACACCUGGCGGCUGGGAGACCGGCAGGCUGGCAUGUAG